AGCCUCGUUCAGACGCCCAGUGACCUGCUGAGGUCGGCAGCACAGAGCUCUGGAGAUGAAGACCCUGUUCCUGGUUGUCACGCUCGGCCUGGCCACUGCCCUGUCCUUCACCCGGGAGGAGGAGGAUAUCACAGGGACCUGGUACAUGAAGGCCAUGGUGGUCGAUAAGGACUUUCCGGAGGACAGGAGGCCCAGGAAGGUGUCCCCAGUGAAGGUGACAGCCCUGGGCGGUGGGAACUUGGAAGCCACGUUCACCUUCAUGAGGGAGGAUCGGUACAUCCAGAAGAAAAUCCUGAUGCAGAAGACGGAGGAGCCUGGCAAAUUCAGCGCCUAUGGGGGCAGGAAGCUCAUGUACCUGCAGGAGCUGCCCGGGACGGACGACUACGUCUUUUACUGCAAAGACCAGCGCCGCGGGGGGCCUGCGCCACAUGGGAAAGCUGGCGGGGCCGUGCCGCUGUCCCCACCUUGGCUCACCUGGCCACCUCACCUGCAGGUAGGAAUCCUGAUACCAACCUGGAGGCCCUGGAAGAAUUUAAGAAAUUGGUGCAGCGCAAGGGACUCUCGGAGGAGGACAUUUUCACGCCCCUGCAGACGGGAAGCUGCGCUCCCGAACACUAGGCAGCCCCCGGGUCUGCACCUCCAGAGCCCACCCUACCACCAGAUACAGAGCCCGGACCACCUGGACCUACCCUCCAGCCAUGACCCUUCCCUGCUCCCACCCACCUGACUCCAAAUAAAGACCUUCUCCCCCA